UGAUCAACAGGACUCAACCUAGACCUUUUGCCUCCAUCCCUUUUCACAUCCUAUCUUUUUCUUGCCUCUAUAUUAUUUAAAUGCCCCGAUAGCCCCCCUUCAUAUGGCUCGUGUAUAUGCAAGCGUCAACGCCACCCUGGGGAAGGGGUGGUAUGAUUACGAUAAUUCCACGAUUGAGUGGUCGCCGCCCGACCGGUAUGAGAUUGUGAGACGGAUGGGUGGUGGAAAGUACUCCGAGGUCCACCUUUGCGCUUUGCUCGCUGUUCCCCAGCCUCAACGUUUCUCUCAGGUCUUCGAGGGCAUCGAUACAGCAAACAACGACGUCUGUGUCAUCAAGGUGCUCAAGCCCGUUGCGAAAACAAAAGUGAAGCGGGAAAUCAAGGUGCUCAGGAACCUCUCUGGUGGUCCGAAUGUCGUAGGGUUGAUAGACGUCGUGCGAGAUCCGUCGGGGAAAUACCACAGUUUAAUCAUGGAAUAUGUGGAGAAUGUUGAUUGGAAGGUGCUCAUUGGACGCCUGGUAGAAGCGGACAUCAAACUAUACAUGUUCCAAAUGCUCAAAGCCCUGGAUUUUGUACACUCGCAUGGAAUCAUGCACCGAGACGUCAAGCCGGGGAACGUUAUGAUAGAUCAUCUAAAUCGCAAGCUGCGCCUCAUUGACUGGGGCCUCGCGGAGUUCUAUCACCCCGGUACAGAUUACCACAUUCGGGUCGGCUCACGCUACUAUAAAUCACCCGAAUUGCUCGUGGGCUAUCGCAAGUACGAUUACAGCCUCGACCUUUGGAGUCUCGGAUGCAUGUUUGCAUCGAUGACCUUCCGGAGAGAACAUUUUUGGCGCGGCUCGGACAACAGCGAUCAGCUGCUCAGGAUACUAAAGACGCUUGGGACGGACAAGUUUGAUCUGUACCUGCAGAAGUAUGAUAUAAACUUUGAGACGGAGAAUGACGCGCUAUUAGCGAGUUACACGAAGCGAGGCUGGACGGAGUAUGUGACAAGCGAGACGCAGCACCUUGCGUCUGUGGAGGCGUUGGAUCUAUUGGAUAAACUUCUACGAUACGAUCAUGCUGAACGCCUAACCGCGCAUGAGGCCCAAGCCCAUGUGUACUUUAAUUCCGUCAGAUUGGAGGCUCUUUCGACCAAGGGUGAGCAUGUGAGUGAUUCAGGCUUCUGUUCGACAUGAUAGAGCCCCAAGCUGUGUUAUUUAUUGAGUUUGAUUUUAUUCAUUAUUGCCAUUGGGACAUAAUAGCUGCAGCAUGUGUACUAUUCAUACAUUGUUAUCGAUACAAGUACUGCACAUUAGGUGUCAUUCGAAGCAGGCGAAGAUCAAAGCAACGGAGAUGAUAAACCCCGUGGGCAAAGAAUAAUAUCUGACAACAAUAAGCGAGCAAUGAAAUGACCC